AUGUUUCCCAGUGUGAAGGAUAGAGCACGGCAGCUUUUUGGAGAGGCUGCGGUUCCUGAUGCUGCUCCUCCGCCUCCGGUCGCGACGGGAAGGAGAGGCGCGCCACUCAAGGCGUCUGCUGCGACUAAGGCGGCCCCAGAACCAAAGACGCCUGCGAAAACUUCGAGGUCAAAGAAAGAUGCGCCAGUGGUCGAGGAAACACCAAAAGCCAUAGGCGCAUGGCCAAGUCCUUUCGAUUCGUUCAAAGCGAGAACAUCGCCACCAGAGAAGCCCACACCGUCAACGCCGUCGAAGUCGAAGUCCUCCAAGACAACUACCGCAUCGAAACCAUCCGCGCCGUCAAAAACCAGCACACCUUCCGCGUCAAAGCCAGAGAAGUCUUCAAAGAACGAAAAGUCAGAAAAAUCGAAAUCUGAAAAGGCCGAGAAGUCGUCUAAAUCGGAGAAGUCAAGUUCGCGACCGAAGACACCACCGACACCCAAAGCCGCCGCGCCACCAAAGAAAGCUCCAGAACCCAAGCCCUCCACCCCGUCACGCAAGAAGACCGAGUCGAAACCCGCGCCCAAACCUAAAGAAGCCUCGCGCCCUAAGCUUGAUGCUCGCACCUCCUCGUCGCGACCAAAGAUGGAGCGAACGUCCUCUUCCUCUUCCCUCGAAGACGACGAAUACAGCGAUCUACGCGCCGCCUGUCUCCGCGAAGCAUCCAACGUGACGGGUCUCAAAGGCAAGAACCUAGCGAUCUCGCUGCGUCAGCGCUCUUCUGGCGGCUGGUACGCAGCGCUGAAAGAUGUUGGUGCGGAUAAAUACUUGAAGAUGUGGAUGAAUCGCGAUAAGACUUUCAAGACGCAAGAUGAGGCGCUAGAGGCAUAUUUGGUGUUUGUUAAGAAAAUGAACACCGACAUGAAGCUCUUUGGACCCAUGAGCCCCAAACUUGGAUCUGGGAAGAGCAAGGGCUUCUUCUAG